UGCAGCUGCGUGCGGAGGUCCAGGGCUCUGUCCCCGGCUCUGUCCCCGGCUCUGCUCCCCCGGCUGCUGCUUCUGCCUCCGACCGGCUACCGAGCGGCCGGCCGGGGACUCUCCACCUCCCCGCGCCGCGCGGCUGUGGCCGGCGGAGACUCGCAGCCGCUGCCGCUGCCCGGACAGGCCCGCGUGGUGAUCUGCGGAGGCGGGAUCGUGGGCUCGUCCGUCGCCUUCCACCUCGCCAAACUGGGCUGGAGCGAUGUGGUGCUGCUGGAGCAGGGCAGGCUCGGUGCAGGAACCACCCGGCUGUGUGCUGGCAUUGUCAGCGUUGCCAAGCCUAUUUCCAUCGAGUGUCAAAUGGCAAACUACUCCAAUAGUCUUUAUCAGGGCCUGGAGGAGGAGACCGGAGUCAAAACAGGUUAUGUGAAGACAGGGUCUCUUUGUUUGGCUCAAAAUCAAGAUCGCUUCCUGUCUCUGAAACGCUUGGCAUCCCGACUAAAGGUAAUGGGGAUCAGCUGUAACAUCAUUAAGCCCAAGGAGGUGGCCAAACUCCACCCUCUUGUUAACAUUCAUGACCUGGUGGGGGCGCUCCACCUCCCAGCAGAUGCAGUGGCGUCUUCCCCGGACGUGAACCACGCCCUGGCUGUGGCUGCUGCUGGACAUGGGGUUCAGAUCCUGGAUAGAACCACGGUGCAGCAGGUCCUGAUCGAGAAGGGUCAAGUGAUGGCGGUGGAGACUGACCGGGGCUCCAUCGAGUGUGAAUAUUUUGUCAACUGCGCUGGACAGUGGGCUUACGAGCUGGGCCAGGGGAGUGAGACCAAGGUGUCGGUUCCUCUUCACGGCUGCGAACACUUUUACCUCCUCACCAAACCUCUCCAGGACCCCCUUCCGCCCAGCACGCCAGUCGUGAUCGACAUGGACGGCAGGAUGUAUGCACGGCCGUGGCAGGGCGGCCUUCUGUCGGGGGGCUUUGAGAAGAACCCCAAACCCAUCUUCACCGAGGGCCGCAACCAGCUGGAGAUCCAAAACAUGCAGGAGGACUGGGACCACUUCGAGCCGAUGCUUAGUUCCCUGCUGAGGAGGAUGCCCAGUGUUGAAUCGGCUGAGAUCCACCAGCUGGUCAACUGUCCGGAGUCCUUCACCCCCGAUAUGCGCUGCCUGAUGGGAGAGAUUCCCAGCGUGGCGGGCUACUUUGUGCUGGCAGGGAUGAACUCCUCUGGUCUGGCCUUUGCUGGAGGGGCUGGCAAGUACCUGGCCGAGUGGAUGACCUACGGCUACCCCACCGCCAACGUGUGGCCACUGGACAUCAAGCGCUUCGGCAACCUGCAGAGCAGCCGAACCUUCCUGCGACACAGAGUGAUGGAGGUCAUGCCCUUGCUGUACGAACUCAAGGUUCCUCGCUGGGACUUCCAGACUGGCCGCCAGCUGCGGACCAGCCCUCUGUACGACCGGCUGGACACGCAGGGAGCUCGCUGGAUGGAGAAACACGGUUUUGAAAGGCCCAAAUACUUUGUUCCUCAUGGAAAAGAUUUGCUCUCUCUGGACCAAAGCAAGACUUUCUACAAGCCGGACUGGUUUGACAUCGUUGGAGCAGAAGUGAAAUGCUGCAAAGAGGCCGUGUGUGUCAUCGACAUGUCGUCCUUCACCAAGUUUGAGCUGACUUCAUCGAAUGGCCAGGCGCUGGAGCUGCUGCAGCAUCUGUGUGCCAACGACCUGGACGUCCCCGUCGGACAUAUCGUCCACACCGGCAUGCUGAAUGAGAGGGGAGGCUACGAGAACGACUGCAGCGUCGCCCGCGUCAGCAAGAACAGCUACUUUAUCGUCUCGCCGACGGACCAGCAGGUCCACUGUUGGUCCUGGAUGAAGAAACACAUGCCAAGUGACCCACACCUGCACCUAGAGGAUGUCAGCUGGAAGUACACUGCUUUAAAUCUGAUUGGACCUCGUGCAAUGGAUGUUCUGGCUGAGCUGUCCUAUGUUUCCAUGACACCCGACCAUUUUCCCUCCAUGUUCUGUAAGGAGAUGAGUGUCGGCUAUGCCAAUGGGAUCAGAGUGAUGAGUAUGACUCACACCGGAGAGCCUGGCUUCAUGCUCUACAUACCUAUCGAGUACGCGCUGCACGUGUACAACGAGGUGAUGUCGGUGGGUCAGAAGUACGGGAUCCGCAACGCGGGGUACUACGCGCUGCGCAGCCUGCGCAUCGAGAAGUUCUUUGCCUUCUGGGGUCAGGACCUGGACGCCUUCACCACCCCGCUGGAGUGCGGCCGAGAGUUCAGGGUGAAAUUUGACACGGACACGGAUUUCCUCGGCCGCGAGGCCCUGCUGCAGCAGCGCCAGGACGGCGUGUCCCGGCGGUUCGUCAUGCUGGUCCUGGAGGACCACGACACGGAGCUGGACCUGUGGCCGUGGUGGGGCGAGCCCAUCUACCGCAACGGCCUGCUGGCCGGGACCACCACCAGCAGCGCCUACAGCUACACCCUGGAGCGCCACGUCUGCCUCGGCUUCGUGUCGCCGCCGCCGGGCCCCGAGGGGCUGCCCACGGCCAUCACCCCGGACUUCAUCAACCGCGGGGACUAUGAGGUGGACAUCGCCGGCCAGCGCUACCCGGCCAAAGCCAAACUCUACCCCUUCAGCUCGCUCUUCACCCAGCAAAAGCGCCGCAAGGAGGACAUGGAGUUCGGCAACCUGCACGGGAAGUGAUGAUGCAGAGCGGUGGCGGGCCUCGCUUCCCCCCCCCUGAGCGGUUGUUCUGUGACACCCGUCCUUCGGUCCACUGCUAAACCCAGCAGCGCCAAACAUUUGUCCCCUUUUUAACGUCUCUUAACCCGAGAGGGGCGAUGCGCACAGUCACAUUUCAGUGAACUUGUGUCCAACUUCCACGCUGCACAUCUCCCGUUUCUUUCUUUUCAAAAGUGCAAUAUUUAAGAGGCACUAAAUGCCCCGAGCGGUUUGAAGCACGGCAGUGCAGCAGAGCUCCGGUUUCCAGCACCUUCCCCGCCUCACAGUCCGCGCCGGUUCAGUGCCUUUUGUCGAGGCGGCGUCGACAACAUUGGCCGGGGACACUUUGUUCACUGGACCCCCGCCGAGGGGGAGUCGAGACAGACAAUCGUAUCCGGCAGUGUUCCGGCCGCUGUAACGUUUGGAGGGAAACGUUCAGUUUCCGCGUUGGGGACCUGCUGCUGUAAAGGAUGCCUGUGAUGUGAUGUGAUGUGUGAGUCUUUAUGCCGUCGUCUCCACUGCGCCGUCCUUCCUCAGUCAGGGGAAAGAACAGGGCAGCCUCAUCAUACCAGUAGUUAACCAAUAUUUACUCCAUUUGAAAGGUCCUAACAGGCUAAAUGAGCUCUUUCUUCUUUCGGCCGCUCGACUUUGUCUUUUCCAGCUGUUAUUCUGCUUCCUGUCGAGCUUGUGGAAACUGUGUUCACGGUUAUUUAAUCCGCACUGUUAUUUAUGUUUUGUGGUGGUUUCGAUGCUUCAUUGAGGUUUUGCUGAGUGUGCUGGUGUCAAAUGACCCAUAGACAAGAGGAAGCUUUACUUAAAGCCGAGUCCACAUAUCUUACGUUAGUCAUUUGAGUUUCUUUGUAUAGAGGAAGGACUUCAGUGUGAUUUUGAAAUAAUAAAAAAUGUAUUUUUCUACAGCUAUUGUGUAUAAAAUCUCUCUUUUCAGUUCAGGAUCUUUUUUCAGCUUUAAGUAACAUUGAGUGAAUGAAACAUCUGUAACUACGACAGAGGUCCCUCCCGUCAGAGGUCAGAGGUCAAGGAGAACUACAGGUCAGCUGUGCUGUGGCUGGUUUCACUUAGCAGCAGUGCAACAUUGGAUUCAUCCAGGAGUCGUAUUCAGAUUGUUCUACUAAACAGAGCAUUGGGUAAUACACUCGAGGAGGGUUGCUCACGCUAAAAGAUAAAAUCUUUUAGUGUGCAUGUUGAAGAUCAGAUGCUGAGGAAACAAUAACAGAAAGCCUGUCUUUUGAUCCGACUUUCUUCUUUCAAUACUUUGCUAACAUCUCCGGCUUUUUCACCCGACAUGUUAGUUCCUGGUGUAUAACGAAUGAGAUCAGAAUGGAUUCAGAGUCACAACGUUUUUUAAGGGCUAAUUUAUCGUUCUGUAAGAUUGAGUCCAGUAGCUGUGAUUCAGGGCGAAGACGUCUGAAACAUUUCACUGCAAAACACCUUUUGUUUUUCUCUCCUGAAUGUAUGCUUGAAGAGGAAGUGUCCCAAACCUUUGCACUAAACAAGAGGAGCGUUUUGUAUUUUGUUACUUUCUCGUGCACAGAGCUGCAAAGAGCGGAAUAAUCCAGUAUAUUUAAAGUAACAAAACGAUGAAUGCUACAAGUUGAAUAUAUAGUGGAGGUCUGUCAAAGUCUGUUGUGAUGCUUACUAAUCUGAAGUGUGUUGAAACUUUGUUAUGCUUCUAUUUAAACUCCACCCGUCCUGCACUAAACUGUAAAUGCCAGCGUUUUCUUCAGCUUUACCAUCACGUUAGCUGUGCUUUGAGAGACAAACAAAGAACUCUGAUAAAA